CUUGUUCUUCUUGCUGGUUUUCGGUGUUUUGGUCUCCGGAAAAAAAUUGGUCAAAAAUCAUUCCGAAGUUCCGAAAUCGCUUUUAAAAAGAGGCAAACUAUUCCUAUUUUUUCUUCCUUCUGGGCAAUCAACUGGCGAUGUCCGUUCCGUUAAACAAGCGCAAAAAACCUAGCAAAAGUGUUAUUGUGUGGUGUCGUGUGGUAGUUAGUUAACAAACGCAAAAGUGCACCUGAGUCAACAUGAGGUGAAGCAACAUCCAUCAAUCCGUAGUGCUUGCGUCCGCAAUCCGUGGCUGCCGUGUCCUUGUGGAGCGAACAGUGGAGAAUAAGAAGAAGAAGAAAGGCCCGUUUUGUACGUGGAGCUGUGCCAGCGCAGAUAAGCACCUUCCCCGAGAACGGAAUCGCGGCCGAGCGAAUGAGGUCGAACGAAUGAAGCAGCGAACGCAACGAACGGGACAUUCUCGCCGAUCGAACGGUUCCUAAAAGGGGGGCGCCCUUUUCCCCGGCCCCUUUCGCGUGGCGUACAUUUACACGCAACAACAAUCUCCGCGGAGCGAGUGCAUUGCCCGCCAGCACAUCGCCGAGAUUGAGUGAAAUUCGCGCAAGUAGAACGGCGGUGCAGAACCGGAAUCCUGCUCUGCCUGAGAAUGCGGACAUUAGCGAGUGUUAAUCGUUGGCGAAGAAGACCGGAAAUGGUCUUUCUACUGGUGGUGGGGCUAACCGUGAUCUUCCUGGCGAUGGUGACCAUGGCCGAGCAGAUACCGACGGUUCCGACACAAAUUCACAUGUCCAACAAGGAACGCAACGAGCUUAAAGAGGAAGCGAGAGAAAUGUUCUACCAUGCAUACCGGGCCUACAUGGACAACGCAUAUCCGGCCGACGAGUUGAUGCCAUUGAGCUGUACCGGGCGCUACCGCGGAGUAACUCCAUCGCGCGGUGAUCUGGAUGAUACGCUGGGAAACUUCUCGAUGACGCUCGUGGAUACGCUCGACACGCUGGUGGUGCUGGGAGACCUUGAGGAGUUCGAAAGUGCCGUCAAAUUGGUGAUAAAGGACGUAAAGUUUGAUAAUGACAUCAUUGUGUCCGUAUUCGAAACCAACAUUCGUAUGAUCGGUGGAUUGCUUUCCGGGCAUAUUCUAGCGGAAUAUGUACAGAAACAGGCGGACGUUAUGAGCUGGUAUCGAGGCGAACUGCUUGAGAUGGCGAAAGACCUUGGCUACCGGUUACUGCCGGCCUUCAAUACCUCCACUGGAAUUCCUCAUGCAAGGGUCAACCUAAAGCACGGCAUGAAGGUGGAAGCCUUGCGACACUCGCGUGAAACGUGCACUGCCUGUGCGGGAACGAUUCUGCUCGAGUUUGCCGCCCUGUCCCGACUGAGCGGUGAACCCAUUUUCGAAGUCAAAGCACACGCUGCCAUGGAUGCACUGUGGAAGAUGCGCCACCGUAGCUCGGAGUUGAUGGGUACGGUACUGAACGUACAUUCGGGUGAUUGGAUACGGCGGGAGUCGGGUGUCGGUGCUGGUAUCGAUUCGUAUUACGAGUACUGUCUCAAGUCGUACAUUCUGCUCGGUGAUGAGCGCUACCUGGCACGCUUCAACCGCCAUUACAAUGCCAUCAUGAAGUACAUCAGCCAGGGACCGAUGCUGCUCGAUGUGCAGAUGCACCGACCGCACACCAAGACGCGCAACUUCAUGGAUGCCCUUUUGGCGUUCUGGCCCGGGCUGCAGGUACUAUCCGGUGAUCUGAAACCCGCCGUCCAGACGCACGAAAUGCUGUACCAGGUGAUGCAGAUGCAUACGUUCAUUCCGGAAGCGUUUACAUUCGAUUUCCAGGUACACUGGGGACAGCAUCAUCUGCGGCCCGAAUUUAUAGAAUCUACGUACUUCCUUUAUCGCGCGACGGGUGAUCACUAUUAUUUACAUGCCGGAAAGAAAGCACUGAAAGCAUUGCAGCAGCAUGCUCGCGUCCCAUGUGGCUAUGCCGCCGUGAAUGAUGUUCGCACUGGAAAGCAUGAGGAUCGAAUGGAUUCGUACGUCCUGUCGGAAACUUUCAAAUACCUGUUUCUGCUAUUCUCGGACCCGGCCGAUUUGAUACUUAACAUCGAGGACUUUAUCUUCACCACCGAGGCACACCUGUUACCGCUCACUCUGGGUGUGCUCGGUAAUCAUACCAUGGGUGUUAGAGAUCAAGAGGAUCAAGUGCAUAUGCUGGAUUACAUGCGAUCUUGUCCGAGUCCGAACAAGUUAUUUCCUGAAACGGUCCGGCGUCCCCUACGUGAUCUGGUUACGGGAGUCUGUCCGCGCAUAUCGAGUCCCAAGCGCCUCCGAGCGUCUGACUUUCAGGCAAGCAAUGCAGAUCAUCUACGAACAGUUUAUGACAUGGGUAUUACGAUGGUUUCGCUAGGCGAGGGCAAGGUGCAGCUGCUGCACAGUUUCUAUAAUGCCAAAUCCCCGGAAGAUGCAGAACGAGGACUGAUCUUUAUGCAGGAAAUGGUGGAACUAUCAAAGUCGAACGCCAUUCCCAACACACAGUUGCAGGCGGUUGCUUUCAAGGGAAAGGGCGACACAGAUCUCCACGUUCUUGAGGCCGGCCCAAGUCACUUCGGUAUGGAGUUAACGAAAGACAUGUCCGUUGUGCAGCAGGCCGUCUAUGCACAACCCAUUAAGCUAUGCAGUGCCCUAAAAAAUGCGAAAGAAGUUCGUGACAAAAUCGUUAUCAUGGAGCGAGGUGAAUGUACCUUCGUAGAUAAAGCAAGACGAGCACAGAGUGCAGGUGCGGUGGCAGCGAUAGUGUUCGAUAAUACGCCAAACACUUCCAUUAACAAUCAGCAGAUGUUUGCCAUGUCCGGUGACGGAAAGGAUGACGUCCAAAUACCGGUCGUGUUUCUCUUCACGAAGGAAGCGGAACAGCUAAUGGCCGCCAUUAAGCAACAGCCAACCGUUGAGCUCACGUUAAUGUCCGUGUCCGGGUUGAAGGAGCGGUUAGAACGGGAGAGAGCCGAUACAACGAAGACUGACACAAAAAGUGAAUCAAAAGCGACGCCAUAGUAGUAAACGCGCGAACAGUAACGUUGGCAGUAACGCUAGCGUAGCCACAUCGUCAUCAUCGCCAUCCAUUUGUACGUGUACCUCGAUGAUGUAGGUCUCUACUCUCCGUUAUCCAAAGCCUUGUGAGCACUAACCUUCUUCCAGAUGGAAUAGUCACACACACACACACACACAGACUCCGGUUUGCCAGUCCGGAACGGUGUUAGAUAGUAAUGAAUUUUUAGGAUGAAAAAGAAAGGCUCCUACAAUUACAGGUCGUGUGAGAGGUUGGGCUCGCUAAGAGUUGGUUAGGAAAAAUGUUUAUUUUGUACGAGAUAGAGCAUAUUAUGGAACUGAGCGGGACGAUUGGCGUAGAGUAUUCGGUGCGAUCGGUCACUGGAGGGAUAGUAGAAGAACGCGGAAUACGAAACUCUGGUGCAUUGUUUCUGUCAUCCCGUAUGUGAUACUCUGUAGUGGUACAGUUAGGUGACCCAGAAAACAAGUCGUUCGGAUGGGAUGAGGUGUUCUGCUUCACCACUAUACCGAGCUAUCCUAUAAAUGGUUCUUUCCUCGUCGUUGCAAUACACAUAUCACUCCAUACGAUUACACAGUGUUGGCGGAGUGUUGCACGUUUGGUGUUACGUUUUUGGUCGAUAUAAGAUGAUGCUCUUGCCCUUGUAACAACCUGGUAGCCGUUACUGGAACGGUGACACUACCCUGCAAACACUCUGAAUCCAAGCGAUCGAAAGCGACGAGUUUUGUGGUUAAAAACUGCCCUUCUAACGUACCGGGAUCAUACCAUCGUUAAGCGAUACUCCUGUUGCCGGUCACAUUGCAUACCGUAAACCAUCAUUCCUUUGCUGUUCGAUCAGCUGGUCGCGAUAAAAGCUCGUACUGGAGAACGAUAUGUUUGUUGUCCACUUCCACAACAGCAGGGCUAACGAGAAUUCGUUAAUGCACUGUUAUUUCUGUCUUCAAGGGGUUUAAACGACGCUCCUGUAACACAAUCACAUUUAAGCGUUGCAACCAAUCCCCGUCAUAAGCACCGAGCAUGCAUUUUGCGGGAUUUACUAGAGUGGAUGAGUGAUACACACACGAUAAGAAAAACAAGUGGCCCCCCAAGAGGGCGUACUAGGCUGGAUAUUAGAAAAUGUUGUAAAUAUUCUCUUUUGUACGAAAAAAAAAACUAACGAACUGUGUGUAAAGUGUAAAGCAUCUCGGGGGGUGUGUGUGUGUGCAGCAUGUAUGGCCGUUCAAAGUGGAUUCCACGGCAUGCGAGUGUGACCGGGCGCUUGCCGGGGAGUUGUAGUAUUAUAAGUAGACUAAAUCCAUACACACCGUGCAUACACAAAAUAAAUACUGUUGCAAUAGAAAAAUGUGGUAACGAAGGCGUGAUAAGCGGGACGAAUGCCGAUGCGGCCCUUCUCUGGAAGUCAGUCCACGUCACGUGGACGGUAACGGUGUUCCGUACUGCCUGGUAUGAUGUAAACGACCGUGCGCAGCGGACUCUAGCUGUUAGAUUAAACUAGUUACUGUUUAUUUCUCUCUUUAAUAAUGCAAAUUUGUUUCGUUUUGUUUAGUUUAAUGACAAACAACAGUUGUUAUAAUUUUGUAAAUAAAUAAAAGCAUUUUAUAUUGAAA